AAGGCUUCUUCACGUAUCAAGUGCGCUUUAGCUGCCAGGCGUCGAACGUUAGUUGCAAUGACGACAAGUGCGCCGAACGUAGAAUGCGGAUUUUGCUUGCAGGUUAAGAUCUGAGCAGACACUCUUCGGCGUUCGUGUAGGUGAAGACUCUGCAUGCUCUAUAGUUUUAAAGCCUCCCAUCCUUGAAUCACUUCAUACAUUCUCUGCAUAUCUACAGUCGAUCAAGAUUCCGGGUUGAACACGCGCUUAAUACACAAGAAAACUCACUGUGAGAUGUCGACUCCAGCAGAUGAAUCGCCUGCGCUUAGUCUUUGUCCACAGAGAGAGCAUCUGGUUGCUUUCGCUGGCGAUCUUCGAGCGAUUAAGGUGCGUCUGGCUCCUCGUGACAGCAGUCCCGGUUUUCGCUAUAUACCCUAUGAGUUACUGCGAUCAAUCUCCAAUCGGAGUUUGCCGACAUGCCCGGGCGAAGGCAAACCUGUACCAGAGAUCUGGCUUUCUAAGAUGCACUGUCUUGAUGUGCUUGACUUGUUCGUACAGUGGGUUUACACGGGAGAGUACACCGAACUAUCUGGCUCGGUUGUCUCGCUAGGCCUCGCCAACGAUGUCCCGGAUCUGAAGAUGGAUGUCAAUCGCCAAAAACCCAAAACUAUGGACUGGGCAGUCAAGGCUGCAAUACUGGCUUGGCUUCUAGGAGACGAGCUGAGAGUGGCCGAAUUCCAGAACUAUGCUAUGGCGCGCCUCUUCGCCGCUUUCACCCGGCCGUCCGAGAAGCCACAGCUUACGCCGGCCUUGUAUGAUUACGUCUUCGCAAUCUCAAAUAUGACCAGCAAGCUGGACACCGCAAUGGAGCACUUGGUCGUUCGGAACUGGGGUGACGCGUCUGUAGUCGAUCAGGAAGACCUGCAACUCUGGAUCUCUAGGAUUACCAGAUUGGACACUUUUCGGGACAGGUUCUUCAAGGAAUCUUUACUGUCACUUGAUCAACGACGUGAAAAGGCUUUGGUGGCGAAAGAUUAUUUCUACGGCGGACUACCCUAGAGCACGAGAGACGUCAGCUACACGGUGGUGAUCGCGGAGCAACUGAACAUGAUGAAUUCAUGUAAGAGAGAGUCUGCAGAUAUGGGUGCUUAGAGAGCAAAAGAGAUGAGUAACUCCUGGACUGGUCUUACUAUCGAACUAUGCUCCCUUCGAGAGAGACCCAAAGCAAAAGUACCUUCUCAAAUUAUUUGAGUACUGGAACAUAACGAGAGGGCAUGGAUAUCAUUUCCACUU